AUGACUCAUAAGACAAGGCAAACAAAAUCUGAAUCCAGGAAGAAGUUAGAACGUGAUCUUGUGCUAGUUCGUGAAGCUUUUAACAAUGAAGUUUUGUCAUUUUUAUACGUUUUAUCGCAAAAUAAUUAUUACUAUUUUGCGAUUGACAUUGCUUCGGAAGCCGUUAGUGCAUUUGAAAGACUUGCCAUUCCUGUUGACAAAACUUCAUCAUCAAAUGAAGGACUGGACGGACAGAGUGUGAGAACUCCUCUGCAAGAAAACAAUGCAUUUGCAAAUCUUCCAUCUGUUAUUCGUCCAAAGGUCGAAGAAGUACGAGCACGUAAAUUCCGAUCAGCUCGAGGUGGAGAAGUUGCGUUUUCCGUAGACGGUUCUCCUCUUGUUGUUCCGCCAAAUGUCACCGACGACCUAGAGUCUGCCGCUUUCAAACAGAUCAUAACGGAUGAUGGAGAAGCCUUAACUCCUGCCUCACGCGAUGCUGUGUCAACAGUCAAACGCCUUGUGCUUAAGAAGAUAUCAGAAGUUCAGCGAUCUCCACCACAAUUGCUCUAA